GGUGCUGAGGUCUGGAGUGCCUGAUGCCUGUCCCCCACCUGACAACACUGCCAUGGCCGGGGCACAGGGCUGUGGCGAGGGCAAGAUCGCGGGGCUGUACGACCUGGAGCGCACGCUGGGCAAGGGCCACUUUGCAGUGGUGAAGCUGGCCCGGCACGUCUUCACGGGGCAGCGCGUGGCCGUCAAGGUGAUCGACAAGAGCAAGCUGGCGGGGGAGGCGGCGGGGCAGCUCCUGCAGGAGGUGCGCUGCAUGAAGCUGGUGCAGCACCCCAACGUGGUGCGCCUCUACGAGGUCAUCGACACCCACGCCAAGCUCUACCUCAUCCUGGAGCUGGGCGACGGUGGGGACAUGUUUGACCACAUCAUGCGGCACGAGGGUGGCCUGGCCGAGCCACGGGCCAAGCACUACUUUGCCCAGAUCGUCCACGCCAUCUCCUAUUGCCACAAGCUCCACGUGGUGCACCGUGACCUCAAGCCCGAGAACGUGGUCUUCUUCCAGGAGCAAGGGGUGGUCAAACUCACCGACUUUGGCUUCAGCAACCGCUUCCAGCCUGGCAAGAUGCUCACCACCAGCUGUGGCUCCCUAGCCUACUCGGCACCAGAGAUCCUGCUCGGGGACGAGUACGAUGCCCCGGCUGUUGACAUCUGGAGCCUGGGAGUCAUCCUCUACAUGCUGGUGUGCGGCCACCCCCCCUUCCAGGAGGCCAACGACAGCGAGACCCUCACCAUGAUCAUGGACUGCCGCUACACCAUCCCCCCGCACAUCUCGGCACAGUGCGCUGAUCUCAUCUCCAGGAUGCUGCAGCGGGACCCGAAGCAACGAGCAUCGCUGGAGCAGAUCGAGGGCCACACGUGGCUGCAGGGGGUGGACCCGUCCCCUGCCAGCCGCUCCCUGCUGCCCCUCACCUCCCACAAGCGCGUGUCUGAGGAGGAGCACGAGAUCAUCCUCCAGGCCAUGAUGUGCGGGAACAUUGCAGAUCGGGACACCAUCCAGGAGGCACUGGAAGCCGACCGUUACAACCACAUCACAGCCACGUAUUUCCUGCUGGCAGAGAGGAUGCUGCGGGAGAAGCAGGAGAAGCAGGGCCACCGCCUCAGUCUCGUUUACAACCUGGCCAAGGAGGUACAGAGCAGGCCUAGCUUGUCAGACACAUUUGGCUCUGUGGGCAGCGCCGGCGGCCUCCUGCCCUUCACGGAGACAGGAGGCCUUGCUGGGGCAUCCCGGCUGCCCCCUGGAGGGGACAUUGGCGGCCGGCAGCCCACCGGGACCCUCCUGAAGGUCCCUGCCGUUGACACCACCAUUACCAAGAGCACCCCGGCCCUGCAGCAGAUCUGUGAGGAGGAAGAGGAGGACGAGGAAGAGGAGGAGAGGCCCAGUGCAAUGGAGAGGAAGAGCAGCUCUCUGAACCAGGAGCAGAUGCGAGCCUUCCUGCGCACCCACCGCCCGCCCGGCCGCGGGGAGGUCUGGGGGCCAGGGGUUGAGCUGGGGGGCCGGGGCGGGCGCUCGGGGGUGGCCUGGGCUGGGAAGGGAGUGAGUGGGGGCCGGGCUCCCCCAGUGCUGCGGGGAAAUGGAGCUGAGCCCCCAAGGAGGGAGGAGGACAUAGAGCCUGAGGUCUCCUCAGCAGAGUUCUCCAAGGAAAGGGGAGCCAUCCUGUCACCCCAGAGCAGCUCGGCUGGAGUUUCCCAGGUAUUGGGGGCACAGACAACUCCUGGCCCCCUCUCAACUUCUGCAGACACGUCCCCAAGGCAGGGGGAACAGACAGCCCAGCAGUCAGUGGAGAGCUCAGGCCCUGAAGGGGGCGCAGAAAGUGUGAUCAAGCUGGACCCGGGCAAGAGCAAGGGGGGCGGCCUGCGGGACAGGCUCCUGCAGUUCCCACUCUGCGAGAAAGCCCUGGCCUUCAAACUCCGGCCAGGCUCCAAGGAGAGCCUCCUAUCACUGGGGCAGUUCAACUGCUGCCAUGUCAUUUAA